ACAUUAUAGGCAACGUGCUAAAGAUCACAACUCAUCUGUGAAGACUGUCAUCCACAGUGACUAAUGGAGGACGAGGAUGUUUAUCAAAAUGUUGAACACAAAGACAUUAAGGACACAUUUGGACCUCAAACACAAAAUCACAAGCAGGUACAAGGAAAAGCUAAAAAUUGCAGAGGAAGUAGUUGUUUGGUGUUGAUCACAGUGGGUCUCGGGCUCAUUUGUGUUCUUCUGCUGGUCUUCAUCAUACUGCAGCACAUCACCAUCACAGCAGAGAGAGACCUGAUAAAGAGCUUACAGGACAAUAACACGGAUCUAAUGCAGAAGAAAGGUUGGUUUUUCAUGUCCAAUGAGUUGAAGAGCUGGUCUGACAGCAGGCAGUACUGCAGGGAUCGUGGUGGUGAUCUGGUCAUUAUCAACACUGAAGAGAAGCAGAGACUCAUAUCUUCAUUCACCACAGAGAGUGUUUGGAUUGGUUUGUCUGACACAGAGAACGAGGGCAACAUGACAUGGGUGGAUAAUUCACCAAUGAAACAAGGGUUUUGGGUCGAGGGUGAGCCAAAUAACCAUGGUGGAUAUGAGGACUGUAUUGAACUGAAUGCUGCAGACCCUAUCCUGAGCAACUGGAAUGAUCUGUCAUGCAAUUACACAAGAAACGGGAUUUGUGAGAAAUACUGAGAAAUACAUAGGCUUGUCAUGUUUUUACUUGUAUUAUCGUAUGGAGUCAUUCUUAUUGUGAUAUGAGAAUGUAUAAUUUCCGAUUGAGUUUACUGUCUGUUUUAGUUUAUUUCAUCAUAUUAACGGCUGGGUACUAUGGCACAACAAACCUCUUAUGUGUUGCUCCAUUAUAGCAGCAUGUUAAUAUAUGUCCUUAUUUCAGCUGAGUCUCAUUUGUUGGUCUGAAGUGUUGAGGUUGCAAUUAUUCGUCCGAUUAUGCUGAUAUUAAGUGUCUGUGCAACUGCUUUUGAUUUACAUUGCUUUCUUUUUUAAUAAAACUGUUGAUUGACGGUAUUAGCACAGCAUUUUUGUUUUCAUUUCAUAUUCUUGUGCAUCUGCUUCACUGUAUUUGACACCUGACUAUGGAGAGAUUUCCUCCAGAACUGUGCAAAGGUAUAAGGUGGAUAUUAGUAAAAUAACAUCUGACUAUUUAAGUGAAUAUGCUAUAAAGUUAGUGAGGAGCGUCUCGCUGCAGAACACAAGAUCC